AGCGCCCGCUAAGCCACUCCUCUUAAUCAAUCGAUCGCUCCAUCAAUCAAACCCUCGAAACCGAUUCCUCUCUUCCUUUUCCUUCGUCCCCUUUCCUUCCGGUGGUGCGCCUCCACUCCCUCGCCCCCGCAGAAGAGAAUCGCCAUGGCGGCGGAAAAAGGAAGUCCGCUGCCCAAGUUUGGAGAAUGGGAUGUCAAUGACCCUGCAUCAGCUGAGGGGUUCACUGUAAUCUUCAACAAAGCCAGGGAUGAGAAGAAGACUGGUGGCAACUCACAGGGACAAGAUGUGCCCACAAAAAAUUCACAGCCAUCUGGGCAAGGGUUAUAUGCAGCAAAGGGACCUAGCAGUUCUAAGAAAUGGUUCUGCUGCAUGCAACCUACUGCUGCUGAAUCUUGAGGGUCAUGAAGUUGACUGGACCGUGGAGCCGAGCUAUGGUUAUCUUGUUGAAUUCUGAAGGGACUUCAUGACAUCCAUGAAAACUUGUUUGUGAAAGUUUUUUACAGUUAAGUGGUGAAGAUGUUAUGGGGAGUCGAGUAAUGUUACUGGUCUGGUGUGUACAUUAUUUACAACCUAUAUAUGUGGGUGAACAUCGGUGGUAUAUAUGUAAUGCAUAAAGUUGUGUUUGUUCAUUUGACUCGAUAUUCAGAGUCCCUUGAGUUAAAAAGGUGGAAAAAGAAAAGAGAAAACAAAAGCAACACCGAAAGGCAUUUCAAGUUGGAAGUGCAUGUGAUUCUUUCCUGUCUGUAGAUCUAUGCUACUUUCCAAAACAGGUGGGGAUUACACGUUCUGUUGCAGUUAGCUUGAAGUACUUGUAGUUCUUUGAAUUCCCCGUAAACUGUAUUGUUGGAUGAUGAAAAACUUGAAACAUUAAAUGGUUUGUUUUGAGUUUUUCGGGUUUGCUAUGA